AUGGAGGGGACACUGACGUGUGGCGACGUCACAUGUCUAUCGUCCAUCGUGACCUUCCUGAUAAACCUGGAUCUGGAUCAGGACCUCCUUCAGGAUCUGGAUCUAACUCAUAAAUGUGUUCCCAAAAGUCUGAAGUACAACCAGCCCAGCAUCGUGCACGGUCGUGCUGACGUGGUGACGGUGACACCAUGGUUGGCUCCGGUGGUCUGGGAGGGGACCUUCAACCCAUUUCUCUUGGACAGCAUCUACAAAAGGAAGAACAUCACCAUUGCCGCCACCGUCUUCGCUGUCGGAAAGUACAUCAUGUUCCUGAAGGACUUUCUGGAGACGUCUGAGGAGCACUUCUUCGUUGGCUUCAGGGUGGACUUUUACGUGUUCACCGAUCGCCCUAACGAGGUGCCCAAAGUGAACAUGGCGGCCGGCAGAAUGGUGACGGUGCGCUCGGUGCCCAGCUCAAACCGCUGGCAGGAGAUCUCAGCUCGCAGGAUGGAGAUCAUCCAGAACCUGAUCGAGAAGAAGCUUCAGAACCGCGCCGACUACAUCUUCUGUCUGGACGUCGACUCCAAGUUCCACGAGGUCCAAAUCAUCAGGUUCUCCGGCGUCAUCAAGAACUACGCCAACAUCCGCCCCAACUGA